CCCGGCGCUGAACUGUGGGGUGGCCCACCACGGGUGAGCAAAACGUCGCACUGAACGGGGGGCUCCAAAACCUAUCUCUCCCCCGUUCUGCCACCGCCGCCGCACAACCCCUCCGGCCGCCAUGUCGUCGCCCCCUCCAAUCCCGUACGUACAGACCUGUUGAUCAUCAACUUGAGAGACGAAGAUGAAGAGGCGGUUCGUCAAUCUGGUGACGCAGAACUGGACGGAGGGCGUGUAUUCGGUGCGCCGGAUCGAUCCUUACCACCAUUUCUUCUACGGGUCAGCAGAUGCAGCGCUCCGAGCAGCGGCGGCCGAGAAGACGGAGCCUUUUCCGGCGAUGCGGAUCAAGGAGCUGCCGACGCCAUGCAUGAACUUCACCGCAGCAGGUAGCCAUGGCGGCACCCUGGACAUGUUCGCGCUCUACAGCCCCCGCGCCACCGGCGACGGCAGAAUAGUCUACACCGACAUGAUGGGCAACGCCGGGCUGUACGACGCCGGCAGACAUGUCCACACCGCGCUGAGCCGCCUCAACGAGCGCAAGGGACCUCAGCCCAUGUGCCUGUCCAUCGCGCACCCCGAUGCGGACGAAGAAGACAAUCUGUACGUCUUGGAUACGUACCCGGGCGACCGUGGGUGCUUCGAGGUCCUUGAGCGCACGCGCAGAAGAUUUAGGUGCAGGAUGAUGCCGCAAUGGCACUGGCGACUUCUUCCGCCGCCUCCCUUUGUCCGCCAACCUUUGUACCGACCAUCCUCUGUCACCUCCUUUACCACCAUGGUCGACGGCGACGGCUGCUCGACCAUCUACAUAUCAUGCGCUGGCGCUGGCGGCGUCGAUGUCGGCACCUACAGCUACGAGACGCCGCGCCACGAGUACAGCGAGCCUCGAGGAUGGCGCCACGUCGGGGAAUGGAUGCUGCCCUUUCGCGGCAGAGCUCACUACGUCCCUGAGUUCAACCUGUGGUUUGGCUUCUCGGCCUCGAGCCCGGACGAUCACCUGUGCGCCGCGGACCUCUCUGCCAUGGACGGCGGACGGCAGCCCUCCGCGCCCACGGUAUGGGAAGAUCUGAACCCGCCUGAUGAGGGAGAGGCGUGGCUUCCAAAGCAGCUCGAGCUUCUCCACCUGGGCGGUGGCAAGUUUCUCAUCGCAAAGACCUUUACGGAAGGAGAAAGAGGUGGAUACUUUUCUGUGCUCACCGGCGUAGAGAUGAUGGCGUGCGCCGCCGGUGAUGACCGGCAGCAGACCCUUCAGAUGGUCAAGCACAAGUGCGCGCGUUUUGUCUUCACGGAUGAGCACAUCGAGCGGGUGCUCUGAAUAAAUUGAUAGUCUUGCAUCGGUACUUGUCAGAUUCAGAUUGAAUGAAGCAUGCAUGUUCAAAUUUUGAUUGA